CAAUUUCAUUGUCAUUGCUCUCCACAACACUAGUUUUGUUUGGCUUGGUUUGAAGGGUCUUAAUGGUGGUGAAGAUGAUGAGAUGGCCUCCAUGGCCUCCUCUCUCUUCCAAGAAAUUUGAAGCACUUGUCAUUGUGCAAAGGCUUGAAGGGUCAUCAAGUUUGAAGAAACAUGUGGAGGUGAGGUCCUUGGUGGUUGAAAUCAAGUGGAAAGGUCAAAAAGGUGUGGCCUUGAGUUCAUUGAAGCGUUCCUCCACCAAGAGAAAUUUCACCAGAGAAGAAGUGGGUCUGAGUGAUUCAGGGGUAGUUGAAUGGAACCAGGAAUUUAGAAAUGUGUGCACCUUUAAUGGUUACAAGGAGAACGUGUUUUAUCCAUGGGAAGUUAUGUUCACACUCUCCAAUGUGUGUAACCAAGGGGCCAAAACCAGGGCCUCUGUAGCUGGAGUUGCAUCAAUAAACUUAGCUGAAUACGUGCCUUUAGCUGUGGAUAAAAAGACUGAAAUAGUAGUUCCUUUGAAUGUCCCCGGCACCUAUGAUACUAAUCUCUCACUUUGUUUAUCUCUUAGUUUACUGAAACUGGAGGCCCUUCAAGAGGAUUUGGAUGCAGUGCAAAGAUCAACUGUGUGCGUUCCUUCAUCACCCUUUCCUGUAGAAGCUCUCUCAAUAAAUAAAGAUGAAAUUUCUACACUUAAAGCGAGACUCAGAAGAGUAAAAAUCUUCACUGAUUAUGUAUCAACUGGAAGAGCAAAGAAGUCAAGCUCCAAAGAUGAAGGAAGUGAUGGUAGGAGCUCCAAUAGAGGUGAAGAUUCUGAAUAUAGGUAUACAUCUGACACGGAUUCACUAGAUAAUGACACUCUGAUUAUAUCAGAGGAGAAUAAGGACGAUUCUUGUGUAAGACAUUCAUUGAAUUAUGAAACUCUGGCCUCAGGAAACAGUGUAGGAGGAUCACCAAAUUCAAGUUCAAUUUUUAAUGGUAAAGAUGAGUGUUGGGUGUACUAUAGUAGACAAAAUUCUGAUUUUGGAGGUGCACAUCUUGAGAAUUAUAAUGCAUGUGAUCAGAUUGAAUAUCAUAUCUCAAAAUACCGAAUCCUUUCUUGGAGGAAGAGGAAACUUCACUUUAGAUCUUCCAAGGUGAAAGGGGAGCUACUUCUGAAAAAACAUUAUGGAGAAGAGGGUGGAGAUGAUAUUGAUUAUGAUCGUAGGCUGCUGAGCUCUUCUGAUGAUUAUUACACUUGUGGCAAGGUAUGUAUAUGCACAAUUUGA